UUGUUCAAACGCGCAAAAUCUUGUUGAAUAAGUGGUGAUCCAAAGUAGUGGGGGUCAUACUGACGAUAACAUUAAUAAAUUUUCUAAUAAAGUCCAUUUGUGAGAGAAUUCCAGCAUUAAGGAAAAAGUGAGAGUUUGCCAAGUAUAGUUGUCUGUGUAUUGUUUUUUAAGUGAUAACACGCGACGACAAUGUUUCACAUUGAAACGACCCUUCGAGGAGUGAAGAGGGCUUAUUUGUGGCUUGAAUUUGGGAAGAAUUGCCGGUCAAACUUUUAUACGUAGAGCCAUGUCGACAGGUCUAGAAUCUUUUGCUGUUAACAGCAAAAAAAUCUUGGGUGCUGCUUUGAAUUAUAUGGACAUUGUACGUGAGCGAAACGUACCUGUGCCCAAAGAUCCGGUGGUAUUUCUCAAACCAUCUACAUCAUUGAUUCAGGAAGGCCAAGACAUUGUGAUACCAAAAGUAUUCACCAAAGUGGCCCAUGAAGUAGAAUUGGGUGUUGUCAUAGGAAAAAAAUGCAAAAAUGUUUCGCGCGAUGAAGCUUUGUCAUUUAUCGGAGGCUAUUGCUUGGCCUUGGAUAUGACUGCCCAGUGUGAUUUGGGUGAGGCACGUAAAAAUGGACACCCCUGGUCUCUGGGCAAAGGCUUUGAUACAUCGACUCCAGUUUCACGUUUGCUAAAACCCGAAGAAAUUGCUGAUCCUCACAACUUGGAUUUGUGGUUAAAAGUUAACGACAAGUUGGUGCAGGAAGGCAACACCGCCGAUUUAAUUUUUAAUGUGGCAGAUUUGAUUUCGUUUUGCUCUAAAUACAUGACAUUGGAGCCCAAUGAUAUAAUACUGACUGGAACACCGAAAAAUUCGUUACCCGUUAAAAAUGGCGAUGUAAUUGAAUGUGGCAUUGGAAAAUUAAUUAAAAUGAAGUUUAACUGCAAAGAUGAAUAGAAAUCAAAUGUAAAGUUAAUAAUAAAAAAAUCGUCGAGGCCUUAUCAAGUAAA